CAGUCUCCCAUCCAAGUACUAACCAGGUCUGACCCUGCUUAGCUUCCAAGAUCAGACAAGAUCAGGCACUUUCAGGGUGUUAUGGCCACAGACAUAUCCAUGGUGUUUCAGACCAAGAGCCAAUCAAGGUCCAACUCCACAGGUUUACUCAUCUAAGACUCAGCUCAGGCCUCCCUAGGUGGGGUGGCCAGGGUAGGGGUGGGGAGGCAGGGAAGCUGGGCUCUGAGAGCCCUCUAGCCACUGUGGUCCCCCACCCCCCACCUGGAGGGCAGGUCACAAGGUUAGACAGGAGGGCAUUCCCACUCUAUUCAACUUCCAUUGGUUCAGCCCAGUUCCUGCCCCAUGGCCAGAGCUCCAAGGGAGAAGCUCUCCCCUCCCCUCUCCUCUCUUCCCCCAAUUCCACUCCCAGCACCUGAAGACUCAAGUCACCUGUGCCUUGAUCGGGCUUUAAGGCCUGGUGACUGGGCCUUGGGGAGCUGGAGGAAGCCUUUCCACACCUUUUGUUGAGACAGGGUUUUGCUUGGUCACCCAGGCUGGAGCGAAGCGGCAUGAUCAUAGCUUGCUGCAGCCUCUCGACUUCCCAGAUUCAGGUUUUAACGUUUUUGGUAGAGCUACGGUCCCACUAUAUUGUUGAGGCUGGUUUCAGACUCCUGGGCUCAAGAUAUCCUUCUGCCUUGGCCUCCCAAAGUGUUGGGAUUACAGGCAUGAGUCACAGAGCCGGACCUCCACUCUUUCUUGACAAGGAACUCUGCGGGAGUCCCGGCUGCUCCGCUUUGCCGCUUUCAGGGAUCCAGGAGUUGGGCCCAGCGUCCCUCCCGGAAUAGUGAGUCAAACAAGUCAGAUCAGGAGCAGGGGUGCCCAGAGGGGAAGAGUGGCUGCUUGGUUCUGGGAAGGAGGUGACAUCUCCAUGGAGGGUGACCGAGGCCAGGCUAAGAGGCAGCAUGAUCCCUGUGGCCGAGUUCAAGCAGUUCACGGAACAGCAGCCUGCAUUCAAGGUGCUCAAACCCUGGUGGGACGUGCUGGCCGAGUACCUAACUGUGGCCAUGCUCAUGAUCGGGGUCUUUGGCUGUACCCUCCAGGUAACACAGGACAAAAUCAUCUGUCUGCCCAAUCAUGAGCCCCAGGAGAACUUAUCAGAGGCCCCGUGCCAGCAGUUGCUGCCUCGCGGGGUCCCUGAGCAGAUGGGGGCCCUGCAGGAGGUGAAAGGCCUUAAGAACAACCUGGACCUGCAGCAGUACAGCUUCAUUAACCAGCUGUGCUAUGAGACGGCCUUACACUGGUACGCCAAGUACUUCCCCUAUCUUGUGGUCAUUCACACACUCAUCUUCAUGGUCUGCACCAGCUUCUGGUUCAAGUUCCCUGGCACCAGCUCCAAGAUCGAACACUUCAUCUCCAUCCUGGGCAAGUGUUUCGACUCUCCAUGGACCACAAGGGCCCUGUCCGAGGUCUCCGGGGAGAACCAGAAGGGCCCAGCUGCUGCUGGACGGGCCACAGCAACUGUAGCAGCCAUGGCAGGGGCCGGGCCAGGGAAGGCAGGGGAAGGUGAGAAGGAGAAAGUGCUGGUGGAACCAGAGAAGGUGGUGACCGAGCCUCCGGUUGUCACCCUGCUGGACAAAAAGGAGGGUGAGCAAGCCAAAGCCCUGUUUGAGAAGGUGAAGAAGUUCCGCAUGCACGUGGAGGAGGGCGACAUCCUGUACACCAUGUACAUCCGGCAGACGGUGCUGAAGGUGUGUAAGUUUCUGGCCAUCCUGGUCUACAACCUGGUCUAUGUGGAGAAGAUCAGUUUCCUGGUGGCCUGCAGGGUGGAGACGUCGGAGGUCACGGGCUAUGCCAGCUUCUGCUGCAACCACACCAAGGCCCACCUCUUCUCCAAGCUGGCCUUCUGUUACAUCUCCUUCGUGUGCAUCUAUGGGCUCACCUGCAUCUACACGCUCUACUGGCUCUUCCAUCGGCCCCUCAAGGAGUACUCCUUCCGUUCCGUCCGGGAGGAGACUGGCAUGGGGGACAUUCCCGACGUCAAGAAUGACUUCGCCUUCAUGCUGCACCUCAUUGAUCAGUACGACUCGCUCUACUCCAAGCGCUUUGCCGUCUUCCUGUCCGAGGUCAGCGAAAGCCGCCUAAAGCAGCUCAAUCUCAACCACGAGUGGACGCCCGAGAAGCUUCGGCAGAAGCUGCAGCGCAACGCGGGGGGCCGGCUGGAGCUGGCCCUCUGCAUGCUUCCGGGACUGCCCGACACUGUCUUCGAGCUCGGUGAGGUGGAGUCGCUCAGGCUGGAGGCCAUCUGUGAUAUCACCUUCCCCCCGGGGCUGUCGCAACUGGUGCACUUGCAGGAGCUCAGCUUGCUCCACUCGCCUGCCAGGCUACCCUUCUCCUUGCAGGUCUUCCUGCGGGACCACCUGAAGGUGAUGCGUGUCAAAUGUGAGGAGCUCCGCGAGGUGCCGCUUUGGGUGUUUGGGCUGCGCAGCUUGGAGGAGCUGCACCUGGAGGGGCUCUUCCCCCAGGAGCUGGCUCGGGCAGCCACCCUGGAGAGCCUCCGGGAGCUGAAGCAGCUCAAGGUAUUGUCCCUCCGAAGCAAUGCCGGGAAGGUGCCGGCCAGUGUGACUGACGUUGCCGGUCACCUGCAGAGGCUCAGCCUGCACAAUGAUGGGGCCCGCCUGGUGGCCCUGAACAGCCUCAAGAAGCUGGUGGCAUUGCGGGAGCUGGAGCUGGUGGCUUGCGGGCUGGAGCGCAUUCCCCACGCUGUGUUCAGCCUGGGCUCGCUGCAGGAACUCGACCUCAAGGACAACCACCUGCGCUCCAUCGAGGAAAUCCUCAGCUUCCAGCACUGCCGGAAGCUGGUCACGCUUAGGCUGUGGCACAACCAGAUCGCCUACGUCCCCGAGCAUGUGCGCAAGCUCAAAAGCCUGGAGCAGCUCUACCUGAGCUACAACAAGUUGGAGACCCUGCCCUCCCAGCUUGGCCUGUGCUCGGGCCUCCGUCUGCUGGAUGUGUCCCACAACGGGCUUCACUCCCUGCCGCCUGAGGUGGGCCUCCUGCAGAACCUACAGCACCUGGCCCUCUCCUACAAUGCCCUGGAUGCCCUGCCUGACGAGCUCUUCUUCUGCCGAAAGCUGCGAACGUUGCUUCUGGGAGAUAACCAGCUGACCCAGCUCUCCUCCCAAGUGGGUGCCCUCAGGGCCCUCAGCCGCCUGGAGCUCAAAGGCAACCGUUUAGAGAUGCUGCCGGAAGAACUUGGCAACUGCGGGGGGCUCAAGAAAGCAGGACUGCUGGUGGAAGACACCCUUUACCAGGGUCUGCCGGCAGAGGUGCGGGACAAGAUGGAGGAGGAAUGAACCUCCUGGGGUGGGGUCAUUUUAGGUAAAGCCUUAAAAACCUUUCCUCCCUGGAGUCUCAACCAUGGUCUUCCAAGACAGGAAGCCAAGUGGGCCCAGGCCAGGAGAGGAGGGACAGACCGUGUCAGCCUUCUGGGGCCCGGGCAGGAUCCGGGGCAGGUUUGUCUGGGAAGAGGGACCGGAUGUUGUGGAUUUGGGGUGGAACCUGGUAUAGAGGGAUUAACUCAGUCAUGGGAUUUGCUGACCAAAACCACACCUGUGUCUUUGGCAGGCUGGCUGGCCUUGGUCCCAUCCCUAGAUCAGAACUGCUGCCUCUCCCUGGAUAUUCCAGCUCGAUUCAUGCCAUAUAUGGGAGAAAGGAUACAUCCCAGUGGGAUUUCCAACACUCCCCCUCCCGUGCAACAAACAAAGCAACUUACAUCUGGGGUUCUCUCCCAAGGAGAGGACACAGACACAGUUGUUUGCCAUGGAUAUGUGAGCUCAGGACAAUGGUUCUCAUUUGGCUAAGCAUCAAAAUCAACUAGGGAGUUGGGGCAAAACAAAAUAUCCCAGGCCCCACCCCUGAAAGACUGACUCAGGAGGUUUGGAUAGGGGCCAGGAGUCUGUUCCUAAGUAAGUGUUCCAGGUAGUUCUGGUGUAGGUAAGUGGUCCUGGGAUGGUAUGUUGGGAAAUGCUGAUGUAAAGGUAUCAGGGCUGGGUGCUGUGGCUCAUGCCUGUAAUCCCAGCACUUUGGGAAGCCCAGGCAGAAGGACCAGUUGACCUUAGGAGUUCAAGAUCAGUCGGCAACAUAGCGAGACCCCCACCUCUGCCCCCCCACUAAAAAAAAUCCAAGUAUCUAAAUUCUGAUCCCUUUUGAGGUCCUAGACCCUUUGAGAAACUGAUGAAACCAGGCACCUCCUUCCUCAGGAAAAUGCUGGUGUACAAUACACACAAAGCUCUUCAGGCAGCAGAGAGAUUUCCCCAGAGAGCUAUUCAAGGACUUCCUAAGGUGGGUGGAUUCCAGGGUUAGGACACUUGCUAGAGAGGUGACAUUUUUCCAAGGACAGGCAGGGACUCUGGUCUUGACUGUUCCCUGUGAGAGGGAGCACAUGUCAGUGGGUACUUAAUAAAUAAUAAUUAUGUGAA